AUGUGCGGCAACACUGUCGCACUCUUUUUAGGCUACUUCAACAUCGCUUCCGGUGACGAAAAAGUGAUAGACCCUUCGGAGAUGUGGAGACUUGAUGCAAUUGGCAUAACCGAUUCAGCUCAUUCCCAAGCUACCGAGGAGCGCACGGCAUUUGACCAGUUUCAGAGCGCAGUAUACAAGGAAGAGGGACGAUACGUCGUUCCCUUGAUGGUCAAGGCGCCCUACCUUUUGUCCACUACGAACCGACCUGUUGCUGAAGCAAGGCUACAGCGUCAACUUAAACGUUUCGAAGCUCAUCCGGACGUGCUGCGAGAAUAUGACCGCACAAUCAGCGAGUACUUCAACGAGGGUCAUGCGGAGCGAGUGGAGCCGUCGGACCAAGGUGCCCGUCAUGUGUAUUACCUUCCUCACCACGCAGUCAUACGGCGGGAAGCGGUGACAACCAAGGUUCGUGUCGUGUUCGAUGCCUCUUCGCAUGAACCGGGAAGUCAUUCGCUUAACGAUAUACUGGACAAGGGCACAACGCUCGGUGCAGAAUUGCUGCAACUUCUUCUGCAGUUCAGGUGCAAUCACAUCGUCAUGACCGCCGACAUUCGCAAGGCAUUCCUGCAAAUUCACGUCCGACGAGAAGACAGAGACCUUCUUCGUUUCUUGUGGAUCGAACGACUUCCCAGUAGUGACGAGCCUUGCCCAACCAUCGUCGAGUGGCGUAUGACGAGGGUGCCAUUUGGAGCUUCGUCGAGCCCAUUUCUACUGUCUGCAACUUUGAUGCAUCACCUUGAAUCUUGGAAGGCUAUUCAUCCAGAAAUCGCAUCACGUCUACAAAGAGCCUUUUACGUGGAUGAUCUAGUUAUCGGCGCUUCAACCGAACCUAAAGCACUCCACAUUUACCAAACAGCCCGUGCUAUUGUGGCGGACGCCAGCAUGGAGCUGAGAAAGUGGUUCUCCAGUUCCGAAACGUUGAACGAGCAAUUUCGUGCAGACGGUGUCUCCCUCGACGACAUCGGUCAACCGUUGGUUAGAUGCAAGGUGCUUGGUCUUCCGUGGAACCGAUCUGCUGACACUAUCGUAAUGACCACUCAAAACGUGUCAUCUUACGUUGCUACGCAGCCAGCUACCAAGCGAGUUGUACUUCAGACCUUUGCGAGGCUGUUUGAUCCUCUUGGGCUUCUUGGACCGUUUCUCGUCCGCGCCAAACUUCUGUUCCAAGUCCACCAAACUUCAGACCUUUGCGAGGCUGUUUAA